AUGGUGGCCACGUGCCUGCAGGUGGUGGGCUUCGUCACGAGCUUCGUGGGAUGGAUCGGCAUCAUCGUCACCACAUCUACCAACGACUGGGUGGUAACCUGCGGCUACACCAUCCCCACGUGCCGUAAGCUGGACGAACUGGGCUCCAAGGGGCUGUGGGCGGACUGCGUCAUGGCCACGGGGCUGUACCACUGCAAGCCCCUGGUGGACAUCCUCAUCCUGCCGGGCUAUGUGCAAGCUUGCCGGGCCCUGAUGAUUGCUGCCUCCGUCCUGGGGCUGCCAGCCAUCCUGUUGCUGCUCACCGUGCUCCCUUGCAUCCGGAUGGGCCAUGAGCCUGGCGUCGCCAAGUACCGGCGGGCCCAGCUGGCCGGGGUGCUGCUCAUUCUGCUGGCCCUCUGCGCCAUCGUCGCCACCAUCUGGUUCCCUGUGUGCGCCCACCGGGAGACCACCAUCGUGAGCUUCGGCUACUCCCUGUACGCGGGCUGGAUCGGGGCUGUGAUGUGCCUGGUCGGGGGCUGUGUCAUCGUCUGCUGCUCCGGAGACGCCCAGUCGUUCGGGGAAAACCGCUUCUACUACUCGUCGGGCUCCAGCUCCCCGACGCACGCCAAGAGUGCUCACGUGUAAGCCAGCCCCGGGCGGCCCUCCGAGGUGCUGUUAGAGGCUGGCUGGGCCCGCGGCGGCGAGGGGCGCACUCCUCCGCCAGGCUCCGGAGGGGCUAGCGAAAGGCCUGGCCUGCCUUAGUCUUAACACCACCCUCAACUCCCGACCUUUUGGUUGUCUUAAAAGAA